AUGUCUCUCAACGGCCCCUUUGCUACGAUGACCUCGGGGGGCGACCCGUCAAAUCCCUUCUCCAGCAACAUCCUCUCAUCUUCUGUAUCGUCCAUCUCCUCGACUUCAACCCGACACACCUCUCACAUCUCCAAAACCUAUCGACAAGCCUCCACGCUCUUCCUGACGCGUCGGCUGCCCGAGGCUCUGUCUACUCUCCUCCCGCUCAUCACACCGCCUGAACCGGCAGCCGAACAUGGCGAGCCGACGCCUGUCGCACAAGCGUCACGCACAACGCGCAUCAAGAUAUGGAGCCUAUACCUGACCAUCCUCAAUGCGAUUGUCGAGCUGGAGCCGGAGGAAGGAAAGGAUGCAUUUGGCGGGCAGGAGUGGAGGGCUCUGAGCAACAAGGUGCGCGAUGGCGAAGUCUGGGAAGAGGUUGUCAGGAACGGAUACCAUGGCGUCGAGGGGGAUGUGGAUGCUGACGUGGUCAUCAAUCUGGCGACACUACUCCUAGCCCAUGCGCGAGAUCAGAUCCUGAACCAGAAACGCUUGGAGGCCUACCUCGCGUCGUCUACACUACCAAAUCUGGACGUCAACUCGCGGCUCAUGUCCCCAUCGCCCGCGCGCUCCCACUCGCGCUUCCGAUCACCAGCAAAGCGAGCCAGCGGCGCCAGUACGCCGCGCGACCUGAAUGCUAGAGUCAAAAUCCUCGAACUGUACACCCUCCAUGUCCUGCUACGCAACGACGAAUGGGACUAUGCGCGCGAGUUCAUCACCAUGAGCGCCGUGCUCGACGAAGAGCGGAGAGAAGCCUUCCUCCAAGCGCUUCAGAGCCUGCGAGAAGACCAAGAGGCCCAAGAACAGCAGGAGCGGGAGGAGAGGCAACGGCAAGAAGAGCAGCUGCAACGUGAGAUUGAGGAGGCGAGGCGACAGCGAGAAAGGGUCGAGGAGAGAGAGAAGGCACGGUUAGAAGAAGAAAGGGCGAAACGAGCAGCAAGCGAGACGGACUAUGGCGUCGAGGACACGCCUAGUAUAGCGUCGUCGAGCAGAGCGCGCCCGAACCGGUCGACGUCGGAGGCUGCGCCGAAACCGGCGAGGCCUCCACGAUCCUCCAUGGCCAAGUCGAAUGGCAAGGCCGUGGCCCCUCUGACUAUCACGGCGCGGGCGAGCAUGUUUAUCGGCCGGUUGCAAGGCAUCAUCGCACAGCUGGGGGCGUCCCUGAACAGCAACCCGACGCUGGUGAUGAGACUCCUGAUCUUCAUCAUGAGCAUGCUCAUCAUGUUCGGCAACAAAGCCGUCCGGCAAAGGUUGCAGAGGGUGCUCGGUGCAUCGUGGGCCAAGGUGCUGGCGACAGCCGGCAUGGGCACAAAGGUCAGCUACAUAUAA